CAGUGGUACACGCUCGUGUAUAUUAUUAGUAAAACAAUCUAGUUUAGGUAUAUCAAAUGAUACUUACUGUGCAUUUGGUCAUAAAAUACAUUUAAUUCCGCAAUAAAAUGUUAAAUAUUGGCGAACGGGGUCCAGGUGUUCGACAGAGACCCGCUGGAGUUGUUCAAAACUUUCAUGAGCUCCGAGAACAAUGUUUAUUACAAAAAAAACCAUUCACAGAUCCAGAAUUUGAUACAUACGAUUUAACUCUAUUUUAUGAUGUCCCAAAAGAUGGGUUUGAGUGGCGAAGACCAAACGAAAUUACAGACGAUCCCAAAUUUUUCGUGGAAGGGGCUUCUAGAUUUGAUGUAAGGCAAGGACAAUAUUUAGGUGACUGUUGGUUAUUAGCUGCCAUAGCAAAUAUGACUUUGAACAAAAAAGUAUUUUCUAAAGUAGUGCCAAAUGAUCAAGAAUUUGAUAAUAAAUACGCUGGUAUAUUCCACUUUAAAUUUUGGCAAUAUGGCAAAUGGGUUGACGUGGUUGUCGACGAUCGUUUACCGACUAAUAGGGGAAAAUUAUUAUUUGUUCAAUCAUCAACCAAAAAUGAAUUCUGGAGUGCUCUGUUGGAGAAAGCUUAUGCAAAAAUUCACGGUUCGUACGAAGCUUUGGACGGAGGUUUCUUAGACGUGGCUAUGCGAGAUUUCACUGGAGGAAUUUCAGAAAAGUAUGGAUUAGAUAGAGUACCAGCUAAUUUGUUCACGAUUAUGCUAAAUUCUUUUCAACGACAAUCGCUCAUGUGUGCUGGAAUAUCCCGUCAGAAAUUGCCUGAUCCAGAAAAAAAAGGGUUGCUAAAAGGUCAUGCAUAUAGUAUUACCAGGAUAACUUAUAUACCUUUACCAACGAGUAAUAAUAUUAUACCUCUCAUUAGACUUCGAAAUCCUUGGGGCAAUGAAAGCGAAUGGAACGGCCGUUGGAGUGACAAAUCAGAGGAGUGGUUAAAUAUACCUCAACAAUUAAAACAAUCAAUAGGUCUUAUAAAAGUAGACGAUGGAGAGUUUUGGAUGCCAUUCGAAGAUUUUGUCAAAUAUUUCUCUAAAUUGAACAUUUGUCAUUUGGCUCCUGGCCUCCUAGACAGGGAAACACAUGGGACGGACGGUGAAAAAAAAAGGGAUUUAAGUAUAUUAGAAGGUGCAUGGGUUAGAGGCGCAACAGGUGGUGGAUAUAAUACAUUUCAAGAAACGUUUCCAAGUAAUCCUCAGUACUGUAUAACAUUAGUAGAUCCCGACGAUAAUGGAAAUAAGAAUAUGUGUUCUGUAAUUAUUGCAUUAAUGCUCAAGGACACGCGUUGCCAAAAAAAACAGAAAGAUAAGUCAUUGUCAUUUGGAUUUUAUGUUUAUAAUCUCAACACUUCAAAGUCUGUGCCGAAACCAUUGGACACACAUUUUUUUGAAAAUAACGAUCCUUUAGAUAAAGUCCAUUGUUCUGAGUUCAAACCAAGAGAGGUCUGUAAGAGAUUGAUUGUACCUCCUGGCAAAUAUUGUAUUAUACCUUACACUUCUAAUCAGAAUGAACAAGGUGCGUUUUUACUCAGAGUGUUUUCAGAAAAAAAAAAUAACUUGGCGGAGUUCGAUAAUGAAGUAGGAAUGGUUGAAAUCGAUGAUAAGAUCAAAGAAUUGGCAAUCAAGACUAAUAAAAGUGGCAAUUCCAAUGAAAAAUUAAAAAAAUAUUUCCUUAAAGUAUCUGGGAGCGACAAAGAGGUCGAUUGGAUGGAUCUUAAAAAUAUUUUGGAUUUUGCUAUGAAAGAUACUGGCCACACAAAAUUUUCAAACGAUGUGUGCCGUUGCUUGAUUACUAUGAUGGAUUGGGAUAGAUCAGGUAAACUUGGUUUUAAAGAAUUCCAAAGACUAUGGAUGGCCAUUAGACAGUGGCAGGUUGUUUUUAAAAUGUACGAUAAAAAGAACAAAGGUUAUAUCAAAGGAUUCGAACUAAGACCAGCAUUAAGUUCGGUUGGUUAUAACAUCAAAACACGUACCAUAAACACUAUGUGUCAUCGGUAUGCAAAUAAAAAAGGAUAUAUAAUGUUCGAUGAUUUCAUCAUGUGUGCUAUAAGACUUAAAACCACGAUAGAUAUAUUUAAAGAACGUGCCUCUGAAAAUAAAAAUGUUGCCUCAUUUACAUUGGAAGAAUGGGUUGAAAAAACAUUUUACUCGUAAAUUUAAUUAUAAAUUGAGUUUUAUUUUUACGAUGAUUAUAAUUUUUUUUUAACAAUACUGUUUACCAAAUCUAUGCUACAACUUAAAAGUUUAGUUGGGCGUUUAUCAUACAAUUUAGUUUAUAUAUAUUUAAGUAAAACAUAUAGAUGUUAUUAUAUUAAUGGAUUUUUAUUUUGGUAGUUGAUACUUGAAAUCUAUAAUUUUUGAACGUUUAUUGAAAACAUUUACCUAUAUAUAAUUAAUACAUAUUUAGAAAGUUUUAUUUCUAUUUUAAAAACAAAUAUUAUCAGUACUUACUCUAACAAAAGAUAACUCGUUUAUUUACUAAUCUAAUAUCGUUAAACUUAUUUUUUAUAUGUUUACAGUUUAAAAAUAAUAAGUAACAUAAUAUUUGUAAUAUUUAAUUAAUACAUAAUAUAUUUUAAUAUAAACACUUGCAUUUUGAUUAUGUUUUGUUGUCUAAGGUUAAUAAUAGGUCGAUUCACUCUAAUUUUUAAACUAACGGAGUUAAACGCGUUCUCCUAAACGUAGAUUUGUUAUGUUACGCACUUGUAAAACGGUGACAACACAAGGGGGGAGGGGGUAUGGCGUCCUCUUAAGUUAUAUAAUUUUUUAUUCGUACCUACUAAAAUCUCGUUUUUAUAAAUCUCGUUUUUAAGCAAUUAUUUGCAGUUACCAUUAUAGCCUUAAUAUAUACAGCUCCAAAACACAACUAUUUUGUUUCUACGCUGUCAAACUUAAUACUUACCUAAUUCAAUUAUUAUUUCUAAGAAAAAUAUUAAUAGCUUAUUUUAAUUUGAUCAAAAAAAUAUUUAUGUUAUUAAUAAUAUAAAAAUAUUUGUAUGGUUUUGCAUUGUAGGUCGCACACUCUAACUGAGAAUGUCCGGUAGUUGCACUGUAACCUAAAUUGGAAGGUAGAUCGCGUACUAUAAUAUCGAAGUUUUCAUUUUUGUUCAACGAGAUAUUUUAUUGUUUAAAAAUACAUUCUUAUGGACCUACAUAACAAUAUUUUUAAAUUUUGUAAAUGUUUAAAACUAUUGGGAAUUGACGAUUAAAAAUAAUUAGUAUAGCGUUUUGGAUAUAGAACAGAAAUAAUUAUUAAGAAAUGUUCAAAAUACUGAAGUACAUAUACUGAAAUUUGACAUAAAUUAAAAUUAGAUAUAUAGGAUAAUACUGAUGAAAUAAAUGUACAGCAUAAAAAAUAUAA